AUGAAAAUAAUAUUAUCUUUAAUUGUUACACUAUGUAUUCUAGCCAUAUUACCUGAUGUUAUUUUCGGAGGUAGAGCAUUCAAUCCACAUUUUGAUUUAAGAAAAAAACCUAAAUUCCAACUCUCAAUCGAUUAUGCCCUAAAACAAAAUAGACAUUCCUCAAAAGGCGUUGAAUAUCAGUGGUUUACACAAGAAUUGGACCAUUUUGAUCAACAAAAUACAAAGACAUUCCAACAAAGAUAUCUUAUUAAUGAUCAAUAUUGGGAUGGAAAAGGACCUGUGUUUAUAAUGAUCAAUGGUGAAGGUCCAAUGACAAUUGGUACUGUUUUAGGAUUAAAAUAUAUAGAUUGGGCAAAACAAUUUAAUGCUCUUGUUGUCGCACUUGAACAUAGAUAUUAUGGUGCCUCCUUUGCAACUCCAGAUAUAUCAACAGAGAAUUUACAAUAUUUAUCUAGUGAUCAAGCAUCUAAAAAUAUCCAAAGAUUAAUAUUAAUCAUUUCAUUUUUUAGAUUGGCAGAUAAUGCAGUAUUUAGACAAUUUAUUGCAAAACAAUAUAAUGUGACAUCCUCUUCCAAGUGGGUUAGUUUUGGUGGAAGUUACAGUGGUGCACUUACCAGUUGGUUCAGAUUGAAAUAUCCAAAUUUAGUUGAUUUCACCAUUUCCUCAAGUGCUCCAGUUCUUGCAGAAGUCGAUUUCUAUCAAUACCUAGAGGUUGUACAAAAUUCAUUAUUAACAACUUCAAAAGGACAAGAAUGUGUUAACAAUAUUGCUUCUGCAACUCAAAAGAUACAAACAUUAUUGCAGACAAGUGAUGGUCUCCAAAAGGUAUCGGAUUUGUUUGAUUUGUGUCCACCAUUGGCAACACAAGACGAUAUCUCCACAUUCAUGCAAAGUUUGGCAGGCAAUUUCAUGGGUACUGUUCAAUAUAAUCUUGAAGCUCCAGGUGCUGCAACCAUUACCAAUUUAUGUGAAAUUAUGACAAAUCCAGAUAACGAUCCAAUUACAAACUAUGUAAAAGUAUGGCAAGGAUUUACCGAUGGUUGUACUGAUACCUCCUAUGAAACCAUGAUUGAUCUAAUGAAGAAUAAUACCAAUGAUGCAUCUGUAGAAGGUGGAAAGAUGUGGUUCUACCAAACAUGUACCGAAUUUGGAUAUUACCAAAGCUCAGACUCUACUAAGCAACCAUUUGGAAAUCUAAUUCCAAUUGAAUACUUGACCAAACAAUGUCAAGAGGUGUUCGGAUUCAACUUUACUCCGAAUGUCGAAUGGACCAUUACCAAGUACGGUGGUAUCAAUCCCGAUGCCGAUAACAUUCUCUAUGUCAACGGUGACAUCGAUCCAUGGCACGCGCUUGGAAUCACCACACCAAUCACCAGAAAGAGUCCAUCGUCAAGCUCGAUUCUCCUCAUCCAUGGAACCUCUCACUGCGAUGACAUGUUGAUUCCACUGCCAACAUCACCACCAACACUACCAGCUGCUCAAGCAACCAUCGAGUCAUAUCUCACCAAAUGGUUAACUCCAUCAUCAAACAAAAACAACAAUAAUAACAACAACAAAAAAGUAGUCGAUCCUUAUAAAGACAUGUCAGAAGAAAGGUUAAUGGAAAUAGAGGCUUUAAGUGCUAUCUAUAUGGAUAGUUUUAAGUCGAUCAACGAUGAUAAUAUACAGAUAACACUACUACCGAAUCCAAGUGGUGAAGAUAAUCAUGUUGGAGUUAUAUUAGAUAUAAAGUUUACACCUGAAUACCCAAAUGAAGUACCGAUUAUAGAAUUAAUACCAACUGAAAAACUUACAAAAGAUAGAAUCAAAGAAUUGAUUCAGAAUAUAGAUUGUCAAGCAAAAGAGAAUAUAGGAACAUCAAUGAUUUUUAUGCUUGCAGGUACAAUUAAAGAAUGGUUAGAUAAUAAUAAUACAGAUGGUUCGGUCGAGGAGGAAGAGGACAACGAAGAAUCGAUAGAGUCCGAGGAGGAAGAACCGGUGUUUGAAGGUACACCGGUGACAGUGGAAGCGUUUUUAGAGUGGCGAAAGAAGUUCAUUGCAGAGACACAGCCGAUCAAGAAGGACCUGUCGAAGCAGGGCAAGAUCACCGGUAGAAAACUAUUUGAAAUCGAUUCAUCUCUGAUUCUCUCCGAUUCGAAAUUCAUGGAGGAAGGCGAAGAGACAUCGAAUAUCUCGGUCGCCGCACUCAAACCGAAACUCGAGGAGGUCGCUGCACAAGUCGAUUGGUCAUUAUUUGGAGAAGAAGAUUUACCAGAUGACGAUGAUUUCGAUGAAGAAGAUAAUUAA